AUGGCCAUGCCCGCCGCCGCCGCGCCGCCGCUGCUGCUGGCCGCCCUGGCCGCCCUGCUCGGCGCCGCCCUGCCCGGCGCGGCCGGCGAGCAGCAGCUGUGGGAGUGCGCGCCCUGCUCCGCCGAGCGGCUGGCGGCCUGCCCGCCCGUGCCCGCCUCCUGCCGCGAGCGCGCCCGGCCCUACGGCUGCGGCUGCUGCGCCGCGUGCGCCCUGCGCCGGGGCGACGCCUGCGGCUUCACGUCCGCGCGCUGCGGGGCCGGCCUGCGCUGCCGGGCGCGCCCCGGGGAGACCCGGCCGCUGCGCGCGCUGGCCCGGGGCCGCGGCGUGUGCAUGCCCGAGGCGCCGGUCAGCGUGCCCAGCGCCGAGGCCGCAGAGGCGGAGAAGGAGAGCCCGGGGAGCCUGUCCAGCGUGUGGGACGUGGUCAGAGUCUACGAGGACAUGCAGCAGCUCCAGAUCUCCGACGUCCAGGACUCCAAGGACCCCUGCCGGCGGGAGCUGCACGCCGCGCUGGCCAAGGCGGCCGAGGAGAAGGCCAAGGCGGGUGGCGGCCUCUACAGCUUCUACCUGCCCAACUGCCACCAGGACGGGCUGUACCACUCCAAGCAGUGCAUGGCCACCCUGCACGGCGAGCUGGGGCUCUGCUGGUGCGUGUACCCCUGGAACGGGCAGAGGAUCACGGGGUCCGCGGAGGUGCAAGGGGACCCCAACUGCGAGCAGUAUUUCCAGGGCCCGCCUCCUUCCAUGGGACGCUGA